CUCCUCGUUUUCUCUGCUCUCGGUCGUUGUGUUCCUCGCCUUCUCGUCUCCUGUCUCUAUCGCUCCUCCCGUUUGCCCCCCCUGGUGUGGCAGCCGUGCGGCGCAGCCCUGGGCCCGCUGCCAAUGCGCAGAUGAGCGCGCUUUGCGGACGGCGGCCUCCCCAUGCCGUCGACCUCGAGGGCGGCGCGGACACUCUCUACGCGCGCUCGGCCAUGAGCCCGGAGCGUGCCCACGCGCCGGCGGCGCCAGCGGCGGGGCCGAGCCUCACCGUCGUGGGCGCCUCGGGCCUCCGCGCCGCGGACAGCAACGGCAGCUCCGACCCGUACUGCACCUGCAAGCUGCAGGGCGACAACCACCGGCUGUUCAAGACGAACAUUGUCAGGAGGAGCCUGAACCCCACGUGGAACUUCUUUUACGCGCUGCCGGACAGCACCCGAGGGAGGGUGCUGAAAUUCGAGGUGUGGGACCAUGACGCUUUUACGAAGGACGACUUCCUCGGCACGGCCUCGCUGCUUGUGAGCCGGAACCCCUGCGACGCCUCGCGGGAGUUCCCCCUCGAGCUGCGGCUGGUCGGCGAGUCGUACAUGGGAAAUAUCGCCGAGGGCUCGCUGAAGCUCAUCUUGCGGGGUCUGCUGCCCUCUGAUGAGCCCCAUCAUCGCGGCCGCCCUCGUCUGCUGCGUGGCCCCCGCGGUGUUCAUGCACCAUCUCGCAGCCCGACCUCGGGCUUCCCGCGCCGUGCGACCGUUGGCGCCGCGACACCCCCAGAAUGUCUUGCCCCGCCGGGGCUCCGCACGAACUCAGAUGCCCAC